AAGCGUCGUUGUUCAGUUUUGACUCUUGUAGAAUUGGGUUUUGCAUUUAUGUUCAUCAAGGUUGAACAACUGUGAUGAUUCGGUGGAUGGGUUGGCGCGUGGUGCGGUGACGAUGGCUGUGCCGUGUUGCGAUUUCGGUGGAGAGUCUAGGACGUACAUGUUCAAUUUUGAACGAAGCGGAACGGAGGUUUAUGAGACAUUUUGGGUACGAUUUUUAGUUUUUAGACGCACAUGGGUUUGACUGAUAUGAGGUUUUCUACAGUGAAUUUAUUAUCUUGAUCGAAAUCAUGUCUCUCGUCCGCGGUAAUCCCAAGCUCUCAUUGCUUCUGCGGCGACUUUGUCAGGGUUCGAAUAGGGCUCUCUCUGCACACGUUAAUUUUUCGGCAGAUGCCGCCAGGCCUCAGCCUAUCGAUGAUAAUGUGCAUUUGAGGGAGAUUUGUCAACCUCACACAAAUCGUGUAGGAACUGCUUUGUUGCUGUUUGAGCGCUUUGGCAUCGAUGAGCUGAGAGCGAAAGAUAGUUCCGUUGGAACACAUGAGAGAGAUAUUUGGGACAAGAGCGAUAUUAGAAAAUUUAGAGAAACGAGAAAUAAGGUAAAUUCUUCGUCGAGUGUCUCAGGUCGCUCCUUGUUGGAAAAGAUGCCAGGGACACCAGUUUUCGAUAGUAUAUUGAUUCCAGCGCCUGAUGAAGAAUCCAUAACCAAAGUAAGACCUCGUUGGCAUACUUCAGAGUUCCAGAACACAUUAACACAAGUAGGACCUACUCUCAGUCAAUUAUGGACUUACUCCAAUAUUCACCGAGGAUUGAAGCGAGAGCAAAUUUUCUGUAAAGAAACACCCUAUGUGAUAUUUUCCAGUCCCUGUAACUACGGAAGGUGUGAAUUAGCGCGGUUUUCGACUGGCAGCAACGCGGAGGUCUCAAAGGAACCCGAAGAGGAGGUUGCACGAACCAAGAAGGAAAAUGCAACAGUAAGUGUUGGAGUGUCAUGGAUUGAAAAGGUUGUACCCAAGCAUCUCAGACCAUACGCAUAUCUGGCGCGUCUUGACAAACCUAUCGGAACUUGGCUGCUGGCGUGGCCUUGCUUCUGGUCAAUAGCUAUAGCAGCGGAAGCUGGGGGGUAUCCUGAUUUGAAAAUGCUCUCGCUAUUUGGUGUUGGUGCAAUACUUUUGCGCGGCGCCGGUUGUACUGUCAAUGAUUUGCUGGAUCGCGACAUUGAUGGAAAGGUAGAGAGGACUAGGUUGCGACCUAUUGUAUCUGGGGCACUGACCCCUUUUCAAGGAUUGACAUUCUUGGGAGUUCAGCUACUGUUAGGAUUGGGAAUCUUGCUCCAGCUGAAUACCUUCAGCCAAGUGUUGGGAGCCUCAUCGUUACUACUUGUAGGCACGUAUCCUCUCAUGAAGCGAUGGACAUUUUGGCCACAAGCGUAUUUGGGUUUGACAUUCAACUGGGGCGCGUUGCUUGGAUGGGCAGCAGUAAGAGGAAGUCUUGACGCUUCAGUCGCUCUUCCUCUUUACCUCUCAGGUGUGGGUUGGACUCUUGUAUACGACACAAUAUAUGCUCACCAAGAUAAGAUGGAUGACACUAAGGUUGGUGUCAAGUCCACGGCCCUACGAUUUGGCGAGGAUACUCGGUUGUGGCUCACAGGGUUCAGCACUGCAUCAAUAAGUGGCAUGAGCCUUGCUGGCUACAACGCAGCCCUAGGCUGGCCAUUCUAUGUUGGUGUAGCUGCUACUGCUGGACACCUGGCAUGGCAAAUCUCCACUGUUGACACUCAAAGUCGAGCUGACUGCAAUGACAAGUUUGUUUCGAAUAAAUGGCUUGGUGCUCUGGUAUUCAGUGGAAUAUGUUUAGGAAAACUUGUCGUUUAAUCUUACUACAACUUGUGACAAACUAUAUACGCCAUGCAGCAUGAAAUAAAAGUGAAACCAAUUUUUUUAA